AUGUCGGAGGACACAACCUUGCAGCUGAGGCUGUUUCUUGCUGUUGUUGGUGCCCUCGCCUUGUAUUAUUUGCUACUUUCUUUGGCGAUGGCGGCUACGCGUCGUUGGGUAGAUUUUUUUGCGUCACUGACCGCAACUUUUACACUGGCGGUGCCAUUCUUGACGUGGGGCCUCGCUUUCGUCCGCCGCAGGAAGCGUGGGGUGCUGAGGAGGGCGGUCGCGCAGUCUUCCACUCCGCAUGAGGAAUCACGACCGAAGCCAUUGACGGACGAACACUCUCCCCCCCUAGAAGUUUCACGAGAGGGGGGAAGCCUCACAGAGAAUGAUACCAGCGCGGAGCCCAAUAGGGCUCGAGCUACCCUGACAUUAAACCCGCUGUCUUCCGUCGGUUCAACCUCAGUCCAGGUGCUGACGCCUGACCAGGGUGACAAAAAUUUCCCUUCUUUGCCUAUUCCGAGUCACGUGUGGUUGCCCGCGGUACGGCGGUGUCGUUCCUCAGAGGGAGGAGGAAAUGCUGCAGAGAAGAAGUCAACACUAUCAGCACGAGGCGGCAAUGAUGGAUUCGGGGGCAGAGGUGCAGUAUUGGAGCCACCGAAGAAAAGUUUUUGUGAAACUCACGUUUCAUCUGUUUCUACUCAAGGCUUAGUGAAUGAUGAUGUGUUGCCUGGUAGCGCCCCGAGACAAGAGGCACGGUCCGGAGAUUUUUCUGAAGCGAGCCGCAUGCGGAGGACACCGGCGGUGUCCCUUUAUGCUCCAGCAGAAACGAGUGAGAAACAGCUCCCUGGCACUAACUCUGGUAGGAGCCCGCCUCCGUUUAAUGCCUAUGCGACGCCAGAGCUCAUUACCGUUGUGCCUCCAUGGGCGUUGUGGGCGCUGCUUAUUGUUCUGGGUCUACUGCACCUGUCUUUACUCGCAGGGUCAUUUUGGAUAGCGUACGACACAAAAUAUCUCGUUGCAGUUACCCCUGUUCUUGCAUCCCCGCUCCUCCAUUUACAAUUGUUGCAACUUGUGCGCCACGUUAGCUUUGAAGAGAUUGGCUCACCAAUUGGAAAAGGCCUUCUUCUCCUCCUUCACCCCGUUUCGCCCAUUCUGCUUGCAGCCCUUGCAUUGGUCUUGUACGUUGCCUGUAUUGGUCUGUGGGUGGGGAAAAGCUGGGGGCACGAAGACCCACUGGGUCAUGCGACUCUUUCAUCGAUGGUAUUAAAAACACUGUGCCUUUGUGCCCCGAUUCCCAUCUUUUUCCUUACGGCCUUUCUCCUUGCAUUCCCAAUCAUCGGGCCGAAUAAGACGCCGCCGCGCAUUUUGACGCUUACGAAAUCUGACCGCGUCGAUGAGGAGCAGCCGGUGGGAACGCGGCAAUCCCCUCUGGACCCCUCCAAUGCCUCUCCAGGCGUUGGUGGCUCGUUCGCCGACAUGGAAGACUCCCUGCUUUCCUCCAUUGUGUGUUCGCGAAAAACUUCAUUGACGACAGUACGCUACAGUCGUUCUGGUCAAUCGGUUAUCUUUAUGUCACCGGCUCUUGGCGACGCCCGUGCUGCCUCCGCUGUUAGUGCUCGUAUUGGAACCCAUCCGCAGCUGAAAAGCCUGACACUGCUUUACGUUGCCUUCCGCGACGUAAAUAUUGCCAGUACAGGCGUCGUCGAGGGCGCGGAAAAGAAGAGAACCAGGCCUCCAAAGGACCCGUUGGAUAUGGCCGCGGCCUACUUUCGAGCUCUGUUAGAGGUGGCAAACGAAUUGGAGCUUUCACACGGCCCAUUCUUCUUAACGGCUCACCAAGAUGCUUUGUGUUUUGUAUGGGGGAUGCUGCCAUUGUCGGAAGAUCCCGUGCUGCGGGCGGUGGAUGCUGCGCAGCAUUUCUUUCUAUCCUUUAGACCACCGAAAGGCAGCGAGGUCAACGGCGCACUUGUAGCUGCGGUACUACACUCUCCCCACGCGCUGGUGUCAAUUUUCGGUACAAACGACCUGACGAAUGUGCAUUUCUUAAGCGAUGAACACGCUGUUGGAGAGCAGCUACUAGACCGUGGAUUUGUGCUUCGUGGAUUGGAGAGAAAUAAACAAAGGGAAGUAAGGUUUUGUACAAGUGGGAUUAUCCUUGACCGUCGCGCGUCCCACCUUGCCGCUUCGCAUCUAUUGACUCGCCCCGUCGGUGUGGUGCCCUCCAUCGCACGUGCAGCAAUGAGCGCGGCGACCUUUUCAAAUACGCUACUGGGGGAAUUCACGGUAGUCUACGACUUUGUUAGCAGAAUUGGCGACAGAGAGGAGGAAUGGCAUCUUGCGGCGCAGGCAAGAGAGCAGAAGUCGGCCGGUUUUCUCCCUGCGGUUGAAGCCACACAUGCUUUUUUUCAGGGCAAUCUAAAGGGAGCCAUAGAUGCACUUGAAAAACCGGCUAAUGAUAGUGACGAUGCGCUGCUGCGGCUGCUGCUUUCCGAUUUUAAGCGCAUUUUAACCGCCACUGGAAGCUCCCGCCGGGAGUAG